UUCCUAUAGCAACCAACACUAACCAUCAAUCAAUCUUUUAACCCCAAUAUUUAGUUGUAUGUAUAAAUGAUAUUAUCCAGAGCGAAACCAGCUUUGCUGUCUAAAGAAAAUGUGGCGGGCAAAGUUUCUGUCCGAACAACUUCUGCCAACAGCGACGUGCCAUCCUUUGAGGACUUCCUUUCAAAACGAGAUUACAUGGGAGCAAUAACUUUACUAGAGUUUCAGCACAGUCAAGAUGCCAACGCUGACGUUGCUCUAUGGAUGGCGUAUUGCGCGUUUCACUUGGGAAAUUACAAAAAAGCUUUUGAUAUCUACACGAACAUACUGGCAAAACAUGGCCCAAUUAAAAACGUUGUUGUUAACAUAGCGUGCUGCAAUUUCUAUUUAGGAAUGUACACGGAGUCGAAGGCGGCAUUAGAAAAAGAAUCGCAAAGUGGCCUUAAAACUCGAUUAAAUUUCCACCUCUCUCACAAACUGGGCGAUGAAGUAGCACUGAUGGAAUAUCACCAACAGCUUCAAGAUAUCUUAGAAGAUCAGCUAAGUUUAGCCGCCAUUCACUAUUUGCGUGCACAUUAUCAGGAAGCAAUUGACAUCUAUAAACGCCUGUUGUUGCAAAACAGAGAGAAUUUAGCUUUAAAUGUGUACGUUGCGUUGUGCUACUACAAGCUUGAUUAUUACGAUGUAUCCCAAGAAGUGUUGGGAAUUUAUUUGAACCAAUACAAUGAUUCCGUUAUUGCCACCAACUUGAAGGCGUGCAAUCAUUUCCGUUUAUAUAAUGGCGCAGCUGCCGAAAGUGAAAUAAGGGCGAUAGUAGACCAGAGCGCCAACGUGGGAUUCGGGCAUGAUCUUGUAAAACACAACUUGGUGGUUUUCAGGCAGGGCCAGGGCGCGAUGCAGGUGUUUCCGGGAUUAGUGGACGUCGUCCCAGAGGCGCGACUAAAUUUGGUUAUACACCACUUGAAGCACGACGAUAAUAAAGAGGCCUACGACCUGUUGAAGGAUUUGCAACCGGCGGUGCCGCAGGAGUACAUCCUCAAAGGUGUGGUCAACGCGGCGUUGGGCCAAGAAUUGAACUCUGCUGAGCACAUAAAAACAGCCGAGGAGUGUUUCCAUUUGGUGGGGAGCUCUGCCAGCGAGUGUGACACGAUCCCAGGCAGGCAGUGUAUGGCAGCAGCAUUUUUCUUGGCAGGACAAUUUGAGGAAGUCUUAGUGUACUUAACAUCAAUCAGAAGCUUCUAUCACUCAGACGAUACCUUCAACUUUAAUUAUGGCCAGGCAAAAACUGCUUGCGAACAGUACAAAGAGGCCGAAGAAACAUUACUAUUAGUCCAAGAUGUGAAAAUAAAAAAUGAUUACAUCUACAUCUCUAAUUUGUCGAGAUGUUACGUGAUGAACAAGAAACCCCAUUUGGCCUGGGAGUUAUACUUGAAGAUGGAAACCAGUGCGGAAAGCUUCAACUUAUUGCUUUUGAUCGCAAACGACUGCUAUAAAAUGGGCGAGUUUUGGUACGCCGCCAAGGCUUUCGACAUGCUGGAUAGGCUGGAACCGAAUCCCGAAUUCUGGGAGGGAAAAAGAGGUGCAAUUGUGGGUGUUUUUCAGGGUGUUAUCGCGCAACGAUUUCCUGUGGAUAUGCUGAGUGACGUGCUUCAACUUCUGCGUAGCAGCACCUCCAAUCAAGCUGAUCAAAUCGCAAAAGUGAUACGAAAGUGGGCAAAAGAAAGAAGACUUACUAUAAUUUAAGUACCCUUGCAGUUUGUGUUAAUGUU